CAAACCGUUCUCCGCUUGACUGGUUCAUUCCGCUUCGAAUUCCGCUUCGAAAAUUGUUUCGAAAUUUUCUAAACGGAAUCUCCGGUUGGACUCCGUUUCAAUUCCGUUUGAUCAUUUUGGCACAAGGGCGACACCUGCUGGUGUAAGACGGAACCUCGGUGACAUUUCGCCGCGAUUCGCCGAAGCGGUUUUUCUUUGAGUGUAUUUGUGAGGCGGCUUUCUAAGAAACGUCAAACAUGUUUGAUCUUGAACUUUCCGCAAAAGUCGUUGUGGGAGCUAAUUUCAAAGUUUUCGCGACGUGAUGGAAAAUGGCGUAUCCUCCUCCUCCCAAGAUCCAGUUCCCCGGCCAAACUUAGCAGCAGCAGCAGUUCCGGCCAACGAGGGCGCAAGAUGGCAACAGCCAAUCAGAGGCGGCUUCCUGGAUGCCGGAAAGUUGAUUGAGAUGUACCUCGAAAAAACCUGGUUCAGAACAAGGAGUUCUUGGAGAAGCAGGAAGCGUCCUGCAUCGAAGUUGCAAUUGCCGAGCUCAAGAACGACGAUAAGGUACAGGAACGUCCGUGCCAGCUGCCAUCAACGAGACGAGCUGCCGAUUUCACUCUACAAGGGACAAGAUACUUGCGAGCCGGUUCAAAAUAUGUCUUCGUGAUCAGCGACAAGGGCACGCUCCCGAUCGUGGACACUCCGCCCACGCGAGGCUUGCCAGGAAGUGUACCCACCGCACAUUAAGGUCGAGGUCCUGAAGACUUCCCGCUUUGAUCUGGCCAACCUACUGGAGCUGCUCGGCGAUGGUGAUGGCAAGAGAUCACAAGUGUCAACCGGUGCGCCAAGAAUGACGUCGUUGUGAACCGCCUCGAGAGGAACAAAAAAAAAUCUGUGCAAUAUGUUAACUCUGCUAAACAAAAAAAAUAAAGCGGGCUCGGGGUUGGGAUGCGUUUUAAUGAACGAUUAGUUAAAGGGACAAUAAAAAAUGUAAAAUCAUAAAAAAGUUUAAUCUAUUUCUAUGGUCGAAUCCCAAUUUAAAGUGGAUUCAACAAAAACAAAAAA